UUCACCGCCGGCAAGAUCUGUAAACACUACACUGUACUACAGUGCAUUUUAGUUUAAGAGCUAUAGACUAGAUACUUACUUGUAAGAUGAGUUACAGUAAGUCAUCAGGUCUUGCUCAGUGGACAGUAAUCAUCUGCUUUUAUAUAGCCCUUGAGGUGCUCACAAUCCAUGGGCAAAGUUGUCGUGUUGGAACUGAUGCUACAGAGUUUGAAGCUAACAGAGAACAUAGUUUCUACCUCAACACUCAAGAUCCAGCUCAAUGUGAUGGGACAAUAACUGAAUUUAAUUUCUGCUACUAUCGCUCGAACCCAAUUCAAAUUGCUGCAUCAUAUGACUUUACCUUCUCUGUGUACAGAAGAAGCAGCUCAGAAUAUAUAAGUGUAUCAGAAGCAUUCACUACAGGCAGAACUGUUGCUAACUUUGGCACUGGCUGUAGAACCUUUUCGGUAAAUGAUAUUCCAGUGCAGGCUGGCGAUGUGAUUGGUGUUUGCAUUUACGACCCUCCAGACAAUGCUGAAUCUGUCGACAUAUUUGGGAAUGAUUAUACUAACAGACUACCAAUAGACAUGGUUAGCCAAGAUGCAGGAGAAGAUCGUUUUCUUAUGUCCACCGGUAACUCUGAUUGUGGAGACAUGUCCGUCCCAAACCCAGUAGCAGUUAGUUCUCUUAAUAGAGCAGACGACAGAGUUUUACACAUCCAUGCCGACAUAACUCCCCUCCCAACUACUGAACCUCCAAUCAUCCUCACGACUAUGGGCACAACACCACCCUCCUCGUCAGAUCCUCCCAUAGUUACUGACAGCACGACAGAGACUGAAAGUUCAACAGGCACAAUAGAAACUUCUCUCUCAAAUGAGGUGCCACUAACAAACUCUCCCACAACUAGUACAGGAAAUGACUCAAUCACCAUGGCCCCUUUGGCCCCAGCCGAUAAUGCUGGAGUUGUAGCGGGUGUGAUAGUUUUUGUAUUGGCAGUAAUUGUCGUGGCAGUGGUGAUUUUGGUAGUCAUUUUUGUACUGGUGAAGAGAGGACGAUCCCGUAAAGAGAUAACAGAGGUCAAUGUUGGUAGGAACACUAAUACUGGAACCAACGAUGGGAUGGACAAUGCUAUGUACUCAUCUAUUAAGGGCCAGGAAUAUAGUGCAGAUUAUCAAGAAAUCAGCGCCACAAGGAGCCCAGUUCCUUUGUCACCCAAUGACUAUGAAAUGGAACACACGUACGAAUCCAGCGAUGCUUUAGAGUUCAACUACUAUGCUGAAGUUGGACCCUUACUGGAUACGAAAAACUCACUGUAUGAGGUUCCACAAAGCAUGCCAACAACUAUUAGCUACCGACAGCUACUGGAAAAGAACAAAGAAGAGGACAUAUACGGCAGUGUGAGUGCAUAUGAGGUACCAGCUACUCGAGAACAGGAGAUCUAUGCUCAACUAAAGACGUGGGGGGUGACUUACAUUCAACAAAGAGAUGUACAGAUUGCUGGUCACCUUGGGUCUGGUCAGUUUGGCAGUGUGGAGCAAGGAGUGUGGAAGAGACAGGGAACUCAACCAGUGGACGUGGCACUCAAGAGUCUCACCAAAAUAUCAGAUGAGAACAAAGUUAAGUUCCUCCAAGAAGCCGCCAUCAUGGCUCAGUUCAGACACCCUAACGUCAUCCUACUUCAUGGAGUGCUUGCGAAAGGGGAACCAAUGAUGAUUGCUGUCGAGUUUGCAAAAAAAGGAGAUUUGAGAAUUUUUUUACUAUCAAUCCGACCAAACUCACCAAGGGAGAUUAUGCCCGCUACUACUCCAAGAAUGUUACUGAAGUUCUCUCGACAAGUGGCUCUUGGGAUGCAGUACCUCUCAGCUAAAGGAUUUGUGCACAGAGACCUGGCUGCUAGGAAUGUGCUAGUGACAACAAAUAACAUAUGCAAGGUUGCUGAUUUUGGAAUGUCUCGAGAUCUUGCUGAUGAGAACUACUACGUCUCACAAGGAAAAGACAAGAUCCCUGUCAAGUGGACAGCCCCUGAGGCCAUUCACUACAAGAAGUACUCGACUGCCAGUGAUGUGUGGGCCUACGGGUGUCUGCUCUAUGAGAUAUGGAGCAUUGGGCACAAGCCAUUUGAAGCCAAUAAAAAUGUUGAGGUUAUAAGACUGAUUGAACAAGGUCAAAGGUUGGCUCCACCCCCUGGAACUUCCAAAGCAGUGUACGAGCUGAUGGUUCAAUGCUGGCAUCCAGAGAAUUCCCAACGUCCUGCUUUCAGAGAUGUUGUACUCAGUCUAGCCAGAGGCGAGGAGAUGAUCCUGAACAUUCCCGAGGAGGACUCCUCCACUAACCCACUGGCUGGAGUAUUGGGAGCUCCACUGGAGGCCGGAGAGAACAUGUACUCUCAGCUGCAGAGCAGAUAUCAAUAACUCUAUUUUUGUUUUUUAAACACACAUUUUUGUUUUUUUGCACCAUUGAAUGAAUUUUUGCUUGCCAUGA